CAUCUGCGAUACUACCAGAGAAGAACUUUAAUCAUAGUGUGAUCUGAGCACACGAUAAAAACAAAGCAACAAUAAAAUGAAUCGGAUACGACAUAGCUACAACCGCCGUAGUAGCAAAGGGACCGAUUUCAACAUUUUCGUUUCCUUCUGGAUCAUCUCCCUCUGCGCAGUGUUGUCGACAAAACUGUUCUCGUGUUCAUCUGCAUUUACAAGGUCGUCCUUGUCAUUAGUUCAGCCUACGGCUUCACACAAGCUGCCAGUCGUAGGAAGGGGCCCGUUGUUUUCGUCCCUGACCGAUGUCUAUGACAACGAUCGAGAAGAAGCCAUUCGGGUAAAAAAGGAGGAGUUGGCCAAACGACGCGGUGUCAGCAGCAAGACCGGACAGGGCCAGAACAGAGUUAAGGACGACCAAGAAUGGAAGUUCUUUGAUACCGCUCGUGUUCACGUCACGGGUGGCGACGGAGGCAAUGGAUGUGUUUCGUUUCGACGGGAAAAGGGUGAACCAAUGGGAGGACCGAACGGAGGCAACGGUGGAAGAGGUGGGUCCGUCUGGUUUGUGUGCGACGAGAGCGUCAAUACGCUGGCGCCGCUGCGAAACAAAGUUCACAUUCGGGCAGGUAAAGCCCGAAACGGUCUUGGCAAGGGCAAACACGGUCAAAAGGGGAAAGACAUUAUCAUGCCGGUGCCACCGGGAACCGUCGUUCGCGAACUGCACACCCAAAAACUAGCGGGCGAGCUCAAGGUAGACGGAGAAAAAAUGCUCGUGGCAAAGGGUGGUCGCGGGGGUCGAGGAAAUGCGGCUUUUAAGACCGACCGCAACACCGCACCCAAGAUUGCCGAACGCGCCGAACCGGGAGCCCAGCGAUGGCUCUCGGUCGAGCUGCGGCUGGUCGCCGACGUGGGAUUUUUGGGAAAACCGAACGCGGGCAAAUCGACCUUGCUGGCAGCGGCAUCGGCGGCACGGCCAAAAAUUGCCAAUUAUCCAUUUACAACCAUUGUUCCGAAUCUAGGGGUCUGCGACAUUAGCGAAGAAGGUGCCGGCUUGGUUUUGUGCGACAUUCCGGGUUUGAUCGAGGGGUAAGCCACCGAACAAUGUUUGUUUUCGCUAGCGUCGUGUUCUCGUACACCGGAACGGAUUGGUGGAAUAUUUUUCUUACAAAUUUGAACUAUCGUCAUUGCAUUGAAGGGCUGCGGGGGGUGCUGGACUAGGACCCGCCUUUCUAAGACACGUCCAACGAUGCAAGGUUCUGUUGCACGUUGUCGAUGGAAGCGCCGACGAUCCCAUCGGAGACUUCAUCACUAUCAACGAAGAAUUAAGGAAACACGACCCUUUCUUGGCUGAAAAACCCCAAGUCGUGGUUGUGAACAAGGUCGAUAUUUCCGAGGUUAAGGAAAUGGAGGACGACAUCAUAUCGGAACUCAAACGAAAAGCGGGGCAUUCUCGGGUAUUGCCCAUUUCGGCUGCAACAACGGAAAAUGUCAAGGAAUUGAUGGGACGAUUGAAAAAGUUUGUCUCAGUACAACCCGAAGCUGAUCUGCCACCAAUCGUAGAAGUCGAUCUCAGCAAAGCCAGUCUGGAAUAUGAUAGCGAUGACUACGGUACGUUGCAUAACAGCAUUCACUGAUCUAUUUGCAAUAAACGUCGUUGAACUACUACAUACGCUUUCGUAAGACAUAUUCGCUCACGACUUACAUUUUUUUCCCUUGCUCUGCGCACGCAUAGAAAUCAUAAGCGAUCCGGCAUAUCCCGGUCAGUGGAGAGUGAAGGGGGAGUACAUCGAACAAGUUGCACGAAUGACGCACUGGGAAUACCCGGAAGCUGUUGCUCGCUUCGGUCGGCAACUCGAAGCCAUUGGAAUUUCAAAUGAUCUUCAGCUCCGGGGUGCUGAAGAUGGCGACUUGGUGAUGGUCGACAAAUAUGAUUUUGAGUUCAACUCGUAUUAUAACAAUCAAUAUAUUCCGCAGGAACUUUUGGAGAAGGACCUUAUGUACGACGACAACGGCAAUUACAUUCCACCUAGUGAAGAGGAAGACGAGAUACCCGCGUGGAGACCAUUCAAUGAAGGAGGUUUCUUGGAUGUGGAUUCUGACGAAUUGGAAGGUUUUAUGGACGAAGAAUGGGACUUCAUGGACGAAGACGACUUCGACGAAGACGGCGAAUUCAUUUUUUCGGAUGAUGAAGUAUGGACUUCUUCUGACUAAAUUGAUAUACAUAGAACAUUGUAAAAAUUGCUCUUGUAGUAAAUGACGAAUAUGAAU